UGCCUGGGCGCCCCAUGCACGUUUCCCUCCUAGGCUCCCGCUUUGGAGAGAAAUAAAGAGACAGGCGCUCUUGGCGCUCCUGGCUUUCCAAGGGUUAAAGUGAACUGAGCCAGAUUCCUAGAGGGGACAGGAAAUGGGGGGCGGGGUCCUCCGAAGUCUCCCUUCCUGUAGCGGCGGGAGGAGAGAGGGAGCGCUUUUUGUCUCCGCCAAGGGCUGCAUCGGCGGCCCCUUCUGGGAUCUGUACUUUGGUCCCGCCCACUUGGCCCUCAGAGGGUUGGCCACGUAAGAAGCUGGCCCUCGGACCCCUGCAGGAGGUCUUUGGAACUGUGGAAUCUCCAAGGGCUGCAAAACGAGUCAGGAGCAGGAAGGAAAAGUGUCCUCAAAUGGAGGGGGAAGCGGCAGCACUUUAGGACCGCAGGGAUUCUUCUCGCUUCUCACAGCUCUGACUUCACGCAUUGGCUAAAAGCACUGAAAAGCAGAAGCAGCCAGGCUGGUUCGUCUCACAGAAAUUGCUUUGGCUGCCAGCACAUUUUCCUUCGUGACUUUCCUUUUCGGAGGCCUAGAGAUUUACUCCUUUUUUAAAAGCAAGCAAGGAAGCAAGCUCACAGUCUGAGCUCCUUUGCAGGUAGAGCCCUGAUGCCGUCUGCCAUGCUUCCUAGCGAGACACACUCAUGCUUGCUCAGGGAGUUUUUCCGGUCCUGAUACUGUAGUAAUUUCUGUUGUUUUUUCUCUCGCCACGGCUGUACCCUGCCUGCUUGCUUGCCUGGACUUCCUGCUCGCGCGCUGUGGCUGCCGUUGCGGGUUGGCCGCUACUAGAAUAUCGGGGCGUUGCGGCCCUGUAUUGCUAUCAUCGUGCCGCUUGCCGCUUGCUUAUUACCUGGCGCCAUCGUUGCUGCUGUAGGCCGUCCUGGUCGCGGGAUGCGCUGCUGGUGGGACGCUGUUUACAUCGCCGUCGUGCUGUCGUCGUUGCCGUUACUUGCCGCCCAUGUCGGCUAGGACCUUGUCGCCGUGACCCGGACCAAGACUUUUUAGUGACAGACUUCUUAGGACUUCUUAAGACAGACAGAAAUUGACAAAAGACACUUCGGAGCUCUUGGAGGCUUCCUGGGAGCAAGAUGGACGAGCAAGACUCCACUGGCCCUGAAGUAGGAAAAGGCUCCCAUGCCAUCAAGACUGGGAGCAGUGGAGGAUUCUGGGAAAGAACCAUGCAGCAGGUCCUGGGAGAGGAGGACACCCUCAGCUCAGACGUGCAGCACCAGCAGUUCAGGCAGUUCUGCUACCAGGAGUCCCGAGGGCCCCGAGAGGUUUGCAGCCGACUUCACCAUCUCUGCCGUCAGUGGCUGAAGCCAGAAAGACAUACGAAAAAUCAGAUUCUGGACCUGGUGGUCCUGGAGCACUUCCUAGCUGUCCUUCCACUGGAGAUGGAGAGCUGGGUGAGGGAAUGUGGAGCGGAGACCACUUCCCAGGCGGUGGCCCUGGCCGAAGGUUUCCUCCUGAGCCGGGCAGAGGACGACAAGCAGGCAGAGCAGCAGGGAAAGGAUCCGUUGGCAGGAAUGGGCGCUGAUCUCCCCAAGGCAGAGGAGACUCCAUCAGAUCCCAGAGAGAGGCCACAGGGUGACAUGAGGCCAAGAAGACCUCCUCAGCCAUCUCUCCUUUGUGGCGGAGGGAAAGUAGCUGCUGUGACACUGGAACAGGGUGCGGUGUCCUUUGAGGACGUGGCUGUGUAUUUCACGGAUGAGGAGUGGGCGCGGCUGGAUCCUGACCAGAGGACUCUGUAUAAUGAAGUCAUGGCGGAGAACUGUGGGAUCAUGGCCUCUCUUGAAGCCGAUAAUCUGGAAAUGAAUAAGGGAGACUUUGGCAGAACUGGCACAGUAGAGAAACCAUGUAAAUAUUUGGAGUGUGGAAAGGGACUCAGUCUUACUUCCCAUCAAAUAAUUCACAGCAUAAAGAAACUAUAUCAAUGCUUGGAAUGUGGAAAGAGCUUCACUCAGAGGUCCACUCUUGCUUCCCAUGAAAGAAUUCACAGAGGGGAUAAACCAUAUCAGUGCUCACAAUGUGGAAAAUGCUUCAGUCAGAGUUCCAAUCUCAGUUCUCAUCAAAGAAUUCAUACAGGGGAAAAACCUUAUCAGUGCUCACAAUGUGGUAAGAACUUCAGUCAAAGCCACCAUCUCACUUCCCAUCAAAGAGUUCACAGCGGGGAGAAACCGUAUCAAUGCUUGGAAUGUGGAAAGAGCUUCACUCAGAGCUCCAAUCUCGCUUCUCAUCAAAGAAUUCACAGUGGGGAGGAACCGUAUCGAUGCUUGGAAUGUGGAAAGAGCUUCCGCCGGAAGGAAAGUUUCACUUCACAUCAAAGAAUUCAUACAGGGGAGAAACCAUAUCAAUGCUUGGAAUGUGGAAAGAGUUUUAAUACAAGCACAAAUUUCCGUCGUCAUCAAAGAAUUCACAGUGGGGAGAAACCAUAUCAAUGUUUGGAAUGUGGAAAGACUUUUAAUGCAAGCACAAACUUCCACAGUCAUCAAAGUAUUCACAGUGGGGAGAAACCAUAUCAAUGCCAGGAGUGUGGGAAGUCCUUCAGUCGGAAUGAAAGUCUCACUUCCCAUCAAAGAACUCACAGCGGGGAGAAGCCAUAUCAAUGUUCGGAAUGUGGAAAGAGCUUCAGUCAGAGCUCCAAUCUCACUUCCCAUCAAAGAACUCACAGCAGGGAGAAGCCAUAUGAAUGGUUGUUUAAGAUGGAAUUUAAUUUUAAGGGACUUUAAUUAAAAUGCAGAUGAGAAUUCCAGCAAUGGUCUUGUAAUUUGGCAACUGUGUAACAAAGUCGACCUUGUCCCUCAAAGCUGUGGAUCACACACUCUCAACACACUUGAUGACCAAAAUUUCUUCAUACUCCUUAGAUCUCCACAAUACGAGUCACUGCUCAGUGCAUUGAAUACUUUCUUCAGAUCCACUUCUGGGGAGGGGAUAGAGAGUGGUCUGGCAACAUAAGUUGACAAACAACUCACGCACUUCAAUGCAAACAGCCUCCACAUCUCAGGUAUCAGUCAUGAACUUGUGGUGCUCCUGACUGUCAUUGUCAUCCCCAGCUUGUCCAGGCAUCAGCUUACAUCUGUUCCUGGUACCUGCUGAAUCCACACAAGACGUCUGCCAGAAAAGAUACAAGUUUCAGGUUUUCAUCUGCGACAACUGAAUUGGCUGAAAGAUUUCUGAAAACAUUUAAUAAAACUAUUUUUUAAUUGAAUUCAACCUUUCAAAAUUGGGAGUACACAUAUUCAGGCAGAUAUUGUUAUUAUUGUAUUGAUGAUAUCAUGUGUUGUAUUGGUAUUUUAAUUUUGAACAUCGCUUACAGAGUAAUAUUGUAGUGAUCAGAAAUGUUAUAAUAAAAACAACGAAAGCCUCAAGCAA